AUGGCACUCAAUAUUGCUCACAUACUGCAAGAUGAUUUAAUUGCUCCGAUGGUCAAAAAAACAGCAUAUGGAUUGGCAACAACGUGCAUACUUGGAGCGGCAGUGUAUGUUGGAUAUCGCGUUGCGGCACCUGAAAAACAUCGGAACCGACACCAUCGACAUCCUGAACUGAAUGAUCAGAUUGAAAAAGUGAUGGAUUCGCUGAAGAUAACUGACGAUCAGUUAGUGCAUAUAAUGCAUAUCCUAGAAGAAGAAAUGACUGCUGGUCUCUCGCCAGCUACGCAUAAACAGGCAACAGUGAAGAUGUUUCCAACCUACGUACGAAAUAUACCAAACGGAACUGAAGUUGGUAAAGUUCUCGCGCUUGAUCUUGGUGGAACAAAUUUUCGUGUACUUCUCAUUGAUCUACGUGGUGAUGAUAAAGUCGAAUUAACUUCCAAAAUCUUCGUUAUCCCACAAUCGAUUAUGAUUGGUGAUGGUAAAUACUUAUUUCGUCACUUGGCUGAAUGUUUAUAUGAAUUUAUGCUAAAAGAAAAUCUGAUACACACAGGUUUAUGUUAUCCGUUAGGUUUCACAUUCUCAUUUCCGUGCAAACAAGAGGGUCUUGCUUCUGCUCGAUUAACAGGAUGGACGAAAGGUUUUAGUUGUGCGGGUGUUGUUAACCAAGAUGUAGUGAAACUUUUACAGGAUGCAAUUAACGAAAAGGGCAUCAAUGCAAAAUGUGUUGCUUUAGUCAACGAUACUGUUGGCACAUUGAUGGCUUGUGCCUACAAAGAUCCAUCGACAUCAAUUGGCCUUAUCUUAGGAACAGGAACAAAUGCGUGCUAUAUUGAAAACUUAGAUAAAGUGGGCACAUGGGAUGCGGACUAUGACGAGCCCAAACAAGUUAUUAUCAAUAUGGAGUGGGGUGCAUUUGGUGAUAAUGACCGUUUAAGUCUUAUCCGAACGAAAUAUGACGAAGAAGUUGAUCUAUCAUCAAUCAAUCCGGGCAAACAAAUCUUCGAAAAAAUGAUUUCAGGAAUGUACAUGGGUGAAAUUGUGCGUCUAAUUAUACUCGACCUACUUCAACAGGAAUUACUUUUUCUUGGUCAUCGGGAUACGUAUGGAGAUUACAAAACUCCAUUAUAUGAUCGCGGUGGUUUCUAUACUAAAUUCGUCUCGACAGUGGAAACCGAUGAAGGUAUUAAGUUUUCGAAUACGCGACGAGUACUAGAAGAUAUUGGUAUUCGUAAUCCUACUUAUGAUGAUUGCGCUAUUGUUCAACAUAUCUGCCGGCAAGUUUCGAAACGCGCUGCUCGAUUGGCUGGUGCUGGUCUUGCUGUUCUUAUUAAUCGAAUUGGAAAGAGUGAGGUAACAGUUGGUGUUGACGGUUCACUUUAUCGAUAUCAUCCACGCUUUAAACGCAAUAUGGAACGAUGUAUGGAAGCCUUAGUUCAUAAAGACAUUAAAUUCCAAUUAACACUAUCAGACGACGGUAGUGGCAAAGGUGCUGCUAUGGUUGCUUGUGUGGCCGAUAGAUCUCUCAUGACCGCGUCUGUAUCUCGAGACGAAGAAACAGCUGAUUAUGAGAAAGUGAUUUAA